CCGUUUGGUCACAGUUCAAAUUCUCUGCUAUCCCCAUGUUUAACCUGGUCAAUCACCCUUACCACGGCACCGACACUGCAAAGUAUGGAGUGACGACAGAAGACACCACGUCAAAGUAAAUAGCAAGCAGUGUGUGGCUUUGUCUCGCUUCGUCGCAUGGUCACCUUACUAACAUCCUUCGAGGCGAUGGAAUGUUUCUAAUGGUAGCGUAGAACAGUUGUAGUGGCGCCUCUCGACUCGCUUAUACGCAUCUAAUUCAAAUCGGAAUAACCUCGAAAAAUGUUGAAGUAAGAGCGGUUCAUUGUCGGCCUCUGGUCGACAACCAGUGACAACGGAGUCCUCGCGCAGCAACGACGAAUCCUUUAAAAAUGGCCUACUACAUGGGAAUUAGUUGUAACUCUCCAAUGGCGCUUACUUUUCGACUCAUUUCUCUAGUAAUUCCUGCUCUCGCUGUCGGUGCGUCAGCGCUCGAUCGUCGAGCUGAAGGUGGUUAUAUCCAAGAGGCAUCUGGCCUUGCCUCUUUCACUACCUACUCUGGAUGCAGCUCCCCAGCUUGCGGCGAAUCUGUGACCGGAUAUUCUGCCGCUAUGAAUCAACUUGCUUAUGGUGCUGCAAGCGGCGAUGGCGCAGGCGAUGCGUGCGGGCGCUGUUUCACCGUGACCGCGACCGCCGAUACCUCCAGCUCUGGUUACACCGGACCUUUCUACAGCAUUGUUGUGAAGGUUACCAACCUCUGUCCAUACACUGAUACGGAAUGGUGUGGCCAAACCACCAGUGAUCCAUACAACUCUCACGGUUUGCCUUACCAUUUCGAUAUCUGCGCCGACGACGGGGCCUCCGAUGCAUUCUUCCCCUCCGGUCAUACUGCUCUUUCUGGGAAUUUUACCGAGGUUUCCUGCGAUGAGUGGAGUGGAAGUGACGGAAGCAAGCUGUGGGAUACUGGUUGCCUGGAUGGUGAAACAGCUGAUUUCUGGCCGGCGGUUGGAUGCGGUAACGUAGGUACUGCCCCCAGCUAAAUUGGAUGGAUCUGCAUCAGCAAAGAUGUACAAGUACGAGAGGAGCUUUAGUGGCUUUCGCGUGGUCCUGGAGACUAGUAUCUUCUUAGUCUUUUUGAUACAUAGAACAACACUGGAUUCAUUUUUCGAUGUUC